AUGGGUCAAAGGUCAGUUGGACACCUGGUCUCCAUAUAUGUUGCCCUGUUCAUCUGCGCCCAGGUCCUGGUGGGCAUGGGAUCCACUCCUAUCUACACGCUGGGACCAACGUACCUGGAUGAUAACGUGAAAAAGGAGAACGCUUCCCUCUACCUUGCUAUAAUGUAUGUGAUGGGGGCUCUGGGGCCAGCUGCAGGGUACCUGCUUGGAGGCGUUCUGAUCGGCUUCUACGUGGAUCCCAAAACCAUCAUCAACAUUGACCAAAGUGAUCCACGCUUUGUUGGCAACUGGUGGAGUGGUUUCCUGCUCUGUGCUUUCGCCAUGCUGUUGGUCAUUUUCCCCAUGUUCACUUUCCCCAAAAAACUGCCCCCUCGUCACAAAAAGAAGAAGAAAAAGCAUGGGGCAGACAGCACCUCUAAUGACGACGAUGUCCUGAAAGAGAAAUCCAACAGCAAAGGCCAGACUGUGGCAUCCUCCAUGGGCUUUGGGAAGGACAUCAAAGACCUCCCCAAGGCUGCCAUAAAGAUCCUCAGCAACAUGACGUUCCUGUUCGUGAGUCUGUCCUACACAGCCGAGAGCGCCAUUGUCACUGCUUUCAUCACUUUUAUCCCCAAGUUCAUCGAGUCUCAGUUUGGAAUCCCUGCCUCCAACGCCAGCAUAUACACAGGCGUCAUUAUCGUGCCCAGUGCAGGGGUGGGCAUUGUACUGGGUGGCUACAUCAUUAAGAAACUCAAGCUUGGAGCUCGUGAGUCCGCCAAGCUGGCCAUGAUCUGCAGUGGGGUGUCUCUUCUGUGCUUCUCCACGCUCUUCAUCGUGGGCUGUGAGAGUAUAAACCUGGGUGGGAUCAAUAUCCCUUAUACCACAGGACCGACCCUCACUCUGACACACAGAAACCUGACGGGAGGCUGUAAUGUGAAUUGUGGCUGUCGGAUCAAUGAGUACGCUCCUGUUUGUGGCUCAGAUGGCAUCACAUAUUUCAACCCCUGCCUGGCGGGAUGCAGCACUGUCGGCAAUGACAGCACCGGGAUCAGAAACUACACAGACUGUGCGUGUGUGCAGAGCAGGCAGGUCAUCACUCCACCCAGCAGCGGCCAAGGCAACCAGCUGCAACUGGUCAUAGUGAAGACCUACCUGAACGAGAACGGAUUCGCUGUGUCGGGAAAGUGUGAUCGCACCUGCAACACGCUCAUCCCCUUCCUCAUCUUCCUCUUCAUCGUUACGCUCAUCACAGCUUGCGCACAGCCCUCCGCCAUUAUCGUCACUCUCAGGUCAGUAGAAGAGCAAGAACGACCGUUUGCUUUAGGAAUGCAGUUUGUGCUACUAAGAACUCUGGCCUACAUUCCCACACCAAUCUACUUUGGUGCGGUGAUUGACACCACCUGCAUGCUCUGGCAGCAGGACUGCGGCAUUCACGGCUCGUGCUGGGAGUACGAUGUUACUUCCUUCCGCUUCGUGUACUUCGGCCUGGCCGCCAGCCUCAAGUUUGUGGGCUUUGUGUUCAUUUUCCUCACCUGGUAUUCAAUUAAAUACAAAGAGGAUCGUCUGGAGCGCUGGCAGCGGCGUCUGCCUCCUCUGAGCACCGUCAGCGAGCUCAUCUGUCACGCGGGAGGCCACAAGAGCCACGCUCGUACCCACUCCUGCCCCGUUUUCACACCCCGUCCCGAGCCCCCGCUCAACCGCGGACACUGCAGCCAGAGCUGCCCCGGAAACACCCUCAAAGCAAUAACCCCACCUGCCCGCUCGCUGCAGGAAAUGCACAUUUGAGGAACGUGAGCCCUGACAUCUGCCUCCAUGUGCCUUCCUGUCAGGUGUCAGACAGCGUGCGACGUACGCCUGUUUUGCUCCGCGUGGCUUUCAGGGGCUUGCUACGCUCACCGAUAUCAAUGUCACCAGGACAAACUCACAGCAAAUACACAUUGCGUAGUAUUUGCUGUCGAAGCGUAUGGAAGACAUCUCAUGGUGCUAAAUGAGGAACAGAGAGGACAUUUCUCUGUAUCCAAUCUUGGGUACCAAGAUUAUUAUAUCAAAGACGUAACACAAGCACAAAUGGAUAUCAGUACUAUGCAACGCUGUACCGCAUUAAAGCCUCCAGGCAGUCGCUUUCUACUGUAUGAUCAUAAUUCACAACUGUAUUCCUAACAGUAGAACAUCUCACAUGGUCUUUCUGAACAAAUCUGUGAAGAAAUGCACUUCGAAAUGGUGUUAACAACUCCCUUCUGGUUAGUUUGGAGGCGUCAAUGUGAUUCGGAUGGUAUUCAAGGAGCUGUACGAGAACAUUCAGCCUCCUCCAGACAGAUCACAUGGUCCUGUAUGUAAAUUCAGUGCCUCAGAUUGCCCCGUCAGCAGUGAGGUCUGCUGGCACUGAGUGGACUGCUAAAACGCAUUUGGAGAAGGACCUUGAAGCCUUGUCUUCUCGUUCUUCAUCUUCAUAAUGAUUCUGUCUGUUCAGUGAUUGACUGUCAAAUGGCGAUAUGUGUUUAGAUGCAUACUGUUGGAUUAGAUGUUUCUUCAGUGGUCCAGUAUCAGGUCUUGAAGAAGUCAGAUCAAUUCAAUGGAUUUUUUGGCAAAUCCGUAUUCAAACCGGUUUUGUUUUUUGCAAGUGUGAACAACAGAAAACACAUGAAAUCUGUCGUUUACAAACCCGAUCCUAAUCAUAUCCAUAUCUGGUUUGAAAUCUGAUUCUAAACUAAAUGGUCAAAUCAGACAAACCAGACAUGUCAAUAUUCCUCUCUCUUUCCUUAUAUACACUCUAAAAAUAGUUCUUUAUUGGCAUCUGUGAUUCCAUGAAGAACCUUGAACAUCCAUGGAUGCUUUCCAUUGUUCUUUCAAAGUGGAAAAAAAACUUCUUUAGUUUCUAAAAAUGUCCUUCAGAAGGUUCUUUUGGGAACCCAAAAUGGAUCUUCUAUGGCAUCAUUUCAAAACCCCAAAAAGUCAGUGCUUUCGGACAGUAUGGAUUCCUAAAUGUCUCAUUUGGUCUAAAGCUUAAGAGAUGUCAUGAUAGAUAUGAACCAAGGCUAAACGUUUAAUUUGUUGUCCUCUUGUUCACUCCAAGAAUGAUAACUAUGAAUAUUAGUGUCCACACCAAUGGACAAAAACAUUGUUAUAUGAGGUGCAUUUUGAUUGACUGUCAUUCAUCAGCAUAAAAAAAAUCAUUCUGAAACUGAUUCCAGCGAUGUUUCUCUUUGUCAUUACCAUUGUGGUGUGACUUCCCUAUUUUCAAUAAAAUAAAAACAUUUAUUAAAACUUUAUAGUUAUCAUGCUUUGUGUGAACAG